GUGGUGGGGUCGUAUCCUGACGCACAUGUCUUAGGAGCCAGUAGGAAACUGCGGGGCAUUGUACUGUCGCGUCGGGUUCAGUUUGGAUUUCUCGGUCAUAGAUACCUCGCUCUCUUCCUCCCACCUCCCGUACAUUUAUAAUCUUAUGUCUGCUCUUCACCGGCCAUGCUUGUCAAACCGACAAAAACGCUUUUCAACACAGUACUAGCAACCAGUUCACAGCGGAUUGCAGCUUGUGUAUCAUGUCUCAGAAGAUGGAUUUAUGUACAGCCAUGUACAGGAAGACAGAAGAAGCUGCCAAAACGUUAUCUCGGUCAACCAAGCCCUCACACUCACCCCCAUCUCCUCAGACCAGGUGAAGUGACUCCAGGGUUGAGCCAAACAGAGUAUGAACUUCGUCGGCAUAGACUAAUGAGCUUAGUGGCAGCUCAGACUCAAGGCAGUUCUAGCACGGAUCAUGCUGUUGUCCUACUUUCUCACCCCACUGUAUAUAUGACCAACGACAUCCCCUUCCCUUUCCAUCAGAACACAGACUUCCUGUACUUGAGUGGCUGCCUAGAGGAGGACUGCGCCCUUGUGCUGAGAAGUGUACCUGGGGUUGCCCUUCCAGCUCACAAAGCCUUGCUUUUUGUACCUCGCCGAGACCCAACCAGGGAACUCUGGGAUGGUCCACGUUCGGGAACAGAUGGAGCAGCGGCACUGACAGGUGUAGAUGAUUCUUAUCCUAUUGAUGAACUGACCCGCUUUGUGCAAAACACCAAAGAUGAAGGCUGCACCCUUUGGUAUGACUAUAAUCAUGUCUCCCAUCCACGAUUACAUCAGGAUGUAAUGCUUUCCUUAGUGGAGGCAAAGAACAAGACAUCUAAUCAUGUCCGACCUGUCAGGUCACUGGUACACAGCCUCCGGGUGAUUAAGUCCCCUGCUGAAAUUGAGAUUAUGAAGAAUGCUGGAAAAAUCACAGCACAGGCUUUCAUAAACACCAUGACGACUUCUAGAAGUCUGAAGAGUGAAUCCUUACUGUAUGCCAAGUUUGACUAUGAGUGCCGCAUCCAUGGAGCUAAUUUCCUGGCAUAUCCUCCUGUCAUUGCUGGGGGCAAUCGUUCUAACACUCUGCACUAUGUGAGCAACAACCAGAUGUUGAAGGAUGAUGAAAUGGUCCUACUGGAUGGAGGGUGUGAACUUUUUGGUUAUGUGAGUGACAUCACACGGACAUGGCCAGUGAACGGCAGGUUUUCACUUCCACAAGCUGAAUUGUACCAGGCCGUGCUGGAUGUACAAAAGGCCUGCCUAGGUCUGUGUUCCCCAGGGGUCAGUCUGGAUAAUAUCUACAGUCUUAUGCAAACAUUGAUUGGACAGAAGCUGAAGGAGCUUGGCAUUGUGGGGAAGAAGUCUAAAGACCAUGACAUAUACAGGGCUGCACGCCAAUAUUGUCCUCACCAUGUGGGCCACUACCUGGGGAUGGAUGUCCAUGAUACCCCAGAAGUCUCAAGAUCUCAGACUCUACGCCCUGGCAUGGUAAUCACUAUUGAACCAGGCAUCUACAUUCCAGAGGAUGAUGGGAGCAGUCCAGCACGCUACCAGGGUCUAGGGGUUCGUAUUGAGGAUGACGUAGUGAUUACAGAGAGUGGGCCACCUCUGGUGUUGUCUUGUGAUGCACCUAAAGAGAUUCAGGACAUUGAGAGUAUUUGUCAGCAGUGACAAAAUAAAGUAUCUUCACAUGAAUUCACCUGAAAGGGUUCAGCAUGUUUGAGAUAUUGAAGUACUAUGACCCAAGGGAUUCCUGGAGAUAACUGUGUUGCUCUUCUUGUGAACAGGUGUAUGCAGGAGAGCCAAAAAUUACAGCAAUUAUUGUUACAUUUUUGAAUGGUACAAAUCAUUAAGAUAAUUUUUGGUUCAGUUUCAAUGUUCUACCAAGACUUUGAUAUCAGGGUAGAUUAGUAGAGAUCUUUGAUUUAUUGAGGUGUUAUACAAACUAUCUAUAAAGAGGUGAAAACUGAGGAAGAUAGUAGAGCAUCGGUGCAAUUAAGAAUCUAAUGUGUUUUUUUAAUUCAUAAAGACAUACUUUAGGUCAGUUCAGGUCACUAUCAAAUGGUCUUCAAUGAAAAAACAACAUUCUGCAUCGAGUCGUGCAUAACAUUAUUCGUAAUGGAAUGAUUUUCCUUAAUUUACUAAUAUGACAGGAUUCAAAGGUUAUAUUUUUUGAGAAAUGUAAUUUAAAAAAAUGCUGCUACCUUUCACCGGGGUAUCUGAAGAUACAGGUGAAAGUUCAUUAGUAGGUUAGUAUAGUAAUGACAUUAAAUUACAGGUGUUGUCAUAUUGCCAGCAGAUAAGAUUUUUGGAUUCUUUUGGUGCUAAUUUGCGCUUUCAUCUUUGUUUAAACUGGAAGAUCUGCAUUAAUUGCAGAUUAAAAUAAUAACAUUUUGUGAAAGAAAGUCCAUCUCUGUAAAAAAUUAACCAGUAUACAUGUCAUCCUAUAUGUUAAAAAAUACACAAUUCUAAAUUUACAUUAGAAAUGUAAUAUUUUGAUGUUUGUUCAUUAAGUAUACAUCUUUUCACUUUGGAUAUUGGACUACAGUGACCAUUAAUUUAACAGUGUUGCAUCUGUUUAAAACUAAUACAUCAUCGUGGCAUCUUUCUUUAAAUUCUGUUUGGACUAUGGUAUAAAAUAUUUUUGAGCCUUGAAUCUUCAUGAACCACCAUGAACAGUUUCUUCUAGGUCAACGUAAACUAUAGUGUCCUCCAGAAUUAUUGCCACCUUUAAUAAAGAUGAGCAAAAAGGCUGUGAAAAAUGUUAUUAUUCUUUUAAGCUUCAUCUUUCACCCAAAGUAUGAGAGAGCUUUAGCUACUAAGGCAAAAUUGUUAAAAGAAAAAAAAUCAUUUUCCUCAAUAGGCACAUUUAUUGGCACUCCCACGUUUAAUAUUUUGUGCACCACCAUCCCUUUGUCAUGAUAACAGAAUUGAAUCUUUUCAUAUACUUCUGGAUGAAAUAUUGUAGUACACAAAAUGGGAGCUGAGGCCAUUCCCCCAUGCAUUUUUUUUUAAAAAGAAAUCAAAAUUCCUGGACCUAUCUUGAAGAUGGUCCUCUUCAGAACCACACCUCAAGUCUACAAGGGGUUUAGGUCAGGAGAUUUGGAUGGAAACUGCAAAAGACAAACUCUGUUCUCAGUUAAUCGGGUUUGUGUUUGGGCCAUUUUCCUGCUGAUAUUUAAUGGAGUCAGUGAUGUCUUGUGUCCUAACAAGAUUUCCAGCUCAUUUGAAUUAGAAAACUGAACUGCAUCAUCACAGAUCCACCACCAUACAUAAGAGUAGAGAUUGUUUCAUCUAACCAAUAGACUCAGGUUCCCCUCAAAAACCCAAUAAUAUUUAGCAGACUCCAAGCACUUGCAAUUUUGGUUUGAUGUCAACUAAGGUUUUAUUUUUCUGGCAACCCUGUUGAAUAGUUUGUUGGCAUUAAGGUGAAGUCUGAUUGUAAUUUUAGAGAUUUAGUGACCCUGAGAUCAGUUCAUUGCUACGGUUGCCUGAGUGUGAUGCAAGGAGAAAGUUGCAUUUCUUGAAACAUUCUCUUCACUGUGGGUUUUUUUUUUUUUUUUUUUAUGGGGUGUGCAUCAUAUGUUAGCUACUUCUUCCAAGCAGGAUUAUCAUAACUCCAGUUCUGUGAGACUUCUGAAUGAUGCAAAUGGGGAAUUUUCGACAUGUACCUCUUGUUUUAUAGCUACUGGCUGAUUUAUAAUACAACCUUUUUUCUUACUUCAUUAGUGUACUCUCUGGUCUUACCCAUGUUGAUGGGUUUGAAUAGGGAUUGGCCAGUGACUUGCCUCAUAUUUAUACUGCAGCAAAACAGGGAGUUGUAAAUCGCCACUUAAGAGUUCCUAUCUAUUGGGGAUAGAUAAAAUAUUAAUCAGAACAUAUCUUAAUUAGAUUUUGUUAUUGAGAAUUUCUGUGGGUGCAUAUGAUUGGUUUUAGGAGAAAAGUAUCAUUUUUUUAUGUUAAAAUUAAUACUUAAGUGUAAAAUCAAGCUAUUAAAACAUUCUUUACAGCCUUUUUGUCCAUCUUUACCAAGGAUGCUAAUAGCAUUUAUGUAUAUAUAAUGCAGAUGCCUAUUUUUUACAGGAGGUCUGUACAAUUAUAGGCUUAUUUUGUAAUUUGUUAAUUUUAGAUAAUAUAAUGACUUGAGUCAUUUAUACAGUACACAUUUUAUACUGGAACUGUAAACUGUUCAACAUGAACAGUCUUCAGUUGAGAGAAUGUGCUUAUUAGUUUCCCAGCCUAUGGGAAAGGAUAAUUUAAAUGAUCUUAGAUUUCUUGGAUGUAGGCUCAGUGAAAAUAUGCAGUGUGAUGAUAACUCACUGAGAAUGUAAUAUUCAUGAUUUUUUAAAAAUCUUAUAUAUUUUAGAUACAUAUAUAUAUUUUACAGAUUUGUUGUAAAAUAGGGAGAUAUUUUUGUCAGCUAGAAAAUAAAGAAAUAAUGUAGUUUCUAUGUAAAUGUAUUUUUUAUUAGAAUUACAAAUGUUGGCCAAAAUAACUACAUACAUUUGAAUAAUAAGUACAGAAGCAUGUUAGAAAAGCAGCAAUGAAAGUUGGAUACUCAUGGAUGUAAACAGAAGCCUGUUUAGAAUGGUGAAUUUACUUUUAAAGUUGAUUAGACGUAUUCAGACUUUUCAGACCCUACUUUUUAAAAACAAACUUUGUUGCUAAAAUGGCAGUAAUUUAGGUUCACUUUCAAUGCAUAGGAAAGCCAGCACAGUAUAUUACAAAAUAUCAUUGAAGUAAUAUUUAAUCAUUAUUUCUAUUAUACUGUAGUAAUUUUUACUAGUCCUUCUGUAUGGGACUUUAUAAAUGGCUUGACUCAUUCUCACGAAUCCAAUCGAAUGCUAGUUUUAAAAUGUGAUACUGGAAAUUCCCCAACGUUACUUUGCCGUCCCAUGUUUUCCAUAUUUGUAUGUGUCUCAGGUUUCUUCCUAAGGUCCAAAUAUGACUUGAGGUAUUACAUUUUCCCAUUUUAUCUGGGUGUAUAUCUGUUUUGAUGGACCAACCUAUUUAUCCAUGGUUAUGCCACAGCCACAUUAAUUUCCAGCUGGAGCUGGGCUUAAAUACCACUGUGACCUAGUAAAGCAAGGUUUGAGAAAUGGGGUGGAUAGAACUACUAUACAGUAAAACACUGAAGUAUAAAAAAGUGAAAUCAUACUGGAAUCAUCUGCAGAUUGCUUGACCACUCUCUUAAAUGAUAAUAAUUUUAAAAAGAACACUUUACACUUGCUUUCAGGUGUUUUUCUUUGACUAUAAUAUUGAAGGGACUGAAUAGUCAGUUUUCCUAAUUAAAAGUAAUGAUGAGAAGAUGCAUUGCACACAGAUGCUGAUAUUGUACUGACAGCAGUACAACCACAUAUGCACAUUGUUUUAACACUGUACAAAGAAAAUACAUAUGAACACUAACCAACAUGAUUGUUCAAUGUGUACUUAUAGAAUUAUAUGAUGUACAGUCCUUUAAGUAGGUGGUGUAUAUCUUCAUACAUUUACUGUGGAAUUUGAACAUAGUCUGUUACUAUUUAUAAUGAGGACUUAAAAAAAUCGAAAAAUUAGGUUCCCUGUGACAUUAAGAUUGUGUUAAAGAGAAGGACGAAUGUUGUGAAGACAUAUUACACUAUAGACUUUACAUUUCCUACCCACGUUGUUGUUCCACAUUUCUGACUUAGUUCAUAAAUAUGCACAUCAGUUGCCUGGCUAAUUUAAAUUCUCUAUUACAGUGUAUUUUGCAAAGAACUCGACACCUUUUCCAUCAGUAUAUAUCUGUUAAUGAGAAGAAACAAGUUCAGCAAUGAAUUGCGUAGAAAGUCCAAAAUGAAAAAAUCAAACACAAGUAUUUACAUAAAUUCCAGCCAUCUAUUCUCUAAUCUGUCCUAGCCAGCAUCGAGCGAAAGGCAGGAGUAACCAGUGGACAGGGCACCUGUGCAUUGCAGGAUGAAAACGCAUACAACAGGGGGCAAUUUAGUAUUGCCAGUCCAUCUAAUCUGAAUGUCUUUGGACUGUGGGAGGGAACUGGGGCACCCAGGGAAUGGCAUGUAGACAUGGCGAUAGCAUGUGGACCUCACACAGCAGCACCAAGGACUUGAAAACUGUAAUGAAGCAGUUGUGCCACUGCGCUGCCCUUGCAGUAAUUCUAUGACAAACAUUUUUUUUCCCUAACUUACUUCUAAAAUUAUUUUAAACACAUUUUUUCCCACUUUUUAAUAUGGUUUGUAUAACUAAAGAGCU